UGCCCAGUGACGUGCUCGUUCACGUCCUUACGUAACGAACGUUGAACUGAACGUCGCUGCUGCGUCAUUUGCGCGCCUCGUUCCCGAUGCACCUCUUUUCCCGAAAGCCUAAAGAUAGAUGUUUCGAUUUCAGUCCCUGGAUGAAGACUGUAUGUUGGAGGAGGAAGAUGAGGGACUGAUUGAAGAGGAGGAUGAAAUCGAUCAGUUCAACGAUGACACAUUUGGGGCUGGAGCCAUUGAUGAUGACUGGCAGGAGGAACACAAACGCCUCGCCGGGCUCGAUAACAAGGACGGGCUCGGAGCAGGGCUGGGGUUUGGAGGAGGCGUGGUGGGAGGAGACUCUGAUUUAGGAGGAGCUGGAGACUUGUCCUCUGCCCGUCUCCCACCCUCCGCAGGCCACCUCCCCCUUCCAUCGUCCCUCCCUCCACUCAAAUACUCCUCAUCCUCCCCUGGACUGCCUCAGCAAGAUGCAGAGGAUCGAGCAGGUGGAGGUGACCUGGCUGAGUCUCUGGCCAGGCUCAUCCUGGAGGCAGACCCGGCCAUCGCUGGAGUCGGGGCUGCUGAGAGACCCGGCCCACCCCCCGGUGCUUCAGGAUCCGGCCUGUCCGCUUUGCAGGGGCUGGAUCGGUCCAGAGUCCUGCCCCAGCCGCCCUCCAUCCCACACCAACACCCCCAGCAUCCCCUUCACCCCCAGCACCAGCUGCCUCCUGGGCCCUCCACAUCAGGCCUCCCUCCUGGUCCUCCUCCCUCCUCCAUGCUCAGCUACCAGCAGCAGCAGCACCUCCUGCGCAGAGGCCCUGCUCCUAUGGGCCAGAUGAACUCUCACAGUAUUUGGGAGAACAGCAUGGGUUUCGGGCCGGUCAGUGUCACCCCUGGUCUUGUGACACACUUGGAGGAUAGUCCUCUCAUGUCCAUAAUCAAGGAGGUGGGCCUUCCUAAACGGCCCCCUCAGGGGAGGAGCGAUGAAGGACGGGAUUUAUCAGAAAGGGUCCCACCUCCGCGCUCUUCUUCCCCUGUGAUUGGCUCCCCUCCGGUGAGGGCGGUGCCUAUCGGGACGCCACCAAAACAGCCGAUGAGCCACACUCUGAACCAUCAGAUCCACCAUCCCACGGCGGUUCAUGUGAGAGCCCCGGUCCAGCACAGAUACCCUCCUCCUUUCCCCGAGCGUCUGUCACCCAACACCCUCCUCAACAUAGCAAACUCCCCGCUGUGCCGCGGUCCAUUCCCUCCUGGAGUUGGUCCGGUUCUGUCUCAGAUUCAACGGGCCCAGCUGCUCAACUCCCAGGUUGCUGGAUUUCCCCGUGGAGGUCCGGCUCCUCCGAUGUUGCCCGGCGGCGGUUUCAGGCCGUUCUUCGGGGGCCCUCCUCCUCCACACGGUCACAGAAUGGGCCCCCCGCCUCCUCACGGCCCCCCAAACCACACGCCACCCAUCCGGCACAACACCACCCACCUCCACCCUCAGCACCGCCGCAUGCUAACGCAGCGUAUGCAGAACAGAGGAGGGGACCGCAGCAGGACUGGAGGAGACCGGCGCAGCAGAGACCCCUACAGUAACCUGAUGACUCAGAAAGAGAAGGAGUGGGUCACUAAGAUCCAGAUGAUGCAGCUGCAGAGUACUGACCCGUAUCUGGACGACUACUACUACCAGAACUACUAUGAAAAGAUGGAGAAGCGCCAGGAAAGAGAGAGAGACAGCAGCAAGAAGGAGCACACCACCAAGCUGAUCACUCCACAGGUGGCCAAGGUGGAGCACACCUACAGACCAGUUCAGUUCGCCGGCUCUCUGGGGAAACUGACCGUCUCCAGUGUCAACAACCCCCGGAAGAUGAUCGACGCGGUGGUGACGACUCGAACAGAUGAUGAGGAGAAGAGAGAGAAGCAGGUUUGGAAUAAGAGGCGACAGAUCCUCUACACUGUGGAGAAGAUGUACAGUCUGCUGCUGGAGGUUCAGGACUUUGAGAAGCGCUUCGUGCAGACGCCAGAGGAAGAUCGGGAGGCUCUGCUGGAGCAGCACAAGAGCAACACGGUGCAGCUGUGCAGCUCUCUGCGUGAGAAGGAAUGGGAAGACAGGGUCAGCGACGAGCAGUGUGUGAUGAUCAUGUCUGUGAGGAAGGGCAAACGCCUCAUGUCCAGGCUCCUCCCCUUCCUACCUUCACCCCAGGCUGCCGCCGUUGUCAUGGCGAUUGCCCGUAACCUUCCCGCACUGGCGAAGAAGGACAAGCAGGACCAGGUGCUCUGCUGGUUGGUGGAGCCGGUUUCUGCUGUGAUCCAGUCCUUGUCCAGCUCUGCUCUUACAGACCUGCUCCAGGAGCUCCAGGGCAGCGAGGGACAGCUGGCUACAGUCCUGCACAACAAGUUUGGUGUGACGCUGCUUUAUCUGAUCCUGAGUGAAGGAGAGAGGAUGCAGAGCUCCGACCCAAACUGUCAACUCAUGGACGACAAUCGAUGGACUGAGUUGGUGUUUUCGGUUACGAGGGAGCUGCUCAGCGUCCCCUCCUCCUCCCUCUCUCCCCCCCUCUUCACCCCUCCAAACCUCCUCUCCCUCCUGUCCCGUUAUGUAGAUCGGCAGAGGCUGGAGCUGCUGCAGGACAAGCUACAGAUCUCUGCUUUGUCCAGGUAGAAGUGACAUCAACACAACCCCCCCCCCAGUCGAUGCAGACCUUUGUUUUUGUGCUUGUCAGCGUGUGUGUGUGAGCGAGUGUGCGAGCGAGUGUGCGAGUGUGUGUGUGUGCUCUUGAGGUGAAUCCAUGGUGGAUCGUUUUAAUCCAGCAGAAUCUAGUCACUUUUGUUUUCUCUCUGUGUUGAGUGUCUGUCGUGUGUGUGUGUAAGGACAGAGCGUGUGUGUGUGUGUGUGUGUGUGUGUGUGUGUGUGUCGGACAGUCUGAAUGACGAUAAAAAUGAAAUCUGCAUUUUUAAAUAUCUUGUUUACGAUUAUGCCUGUGAUGAAACUUCAAAUUAAAAGUAUUUCUAUUAUAUACAAA